CGCCCGCUCUAAUCCAAUAAAACCCCCCUAAAACCCUAAUAAAAAUCUAGUCUUUAAUCCAUUUUAAAAAAGAGUUGGAAUUUCGAGAAUUUAAACCUCACGAUUCUCGAAAGCUCCAUUAUCCUCUCAAAUCAAUUGCGAAAUAAUUGAAGGGAGGAGAGAAGUUUGGGGUCGGCGGUGAGCUUAAACCGCGAUGGCGAAGGACGAAAAGCUAGUAGUCGAAGUGAUCGCCGCCCACAAUCUCAUGCCAAAGGACGGCCAAGGAUCCUCGUCGCCGUUCGUCGAGGUCGAGUUCGAGCACCAGAAGCGGAGGACCCGUUCCAAGUCCAAGGAGCUCAAUCCGAUCUUCAACGAGCGGCUCGUGCUCGUUCAACAACAACUCUCAGAUUCCCGAAGAUUCUCCCCUACCGCUGCGAUCGCGUUGGAGGCGACGAUGUAUGUAGUGAUCUUCGCCCCCGAUGAUAGCCAGCUGUGGAGCCCGCACGUCGGCGUGCUCGAAUUGGGGAUCUUGGGUGCGACGGGUUUAAUGCCGAUGAAGAUCCGAGAAGGAAAAGGCGGGUCGACGGAUGCGUAUUGUGUUGCAAAAUACGGGCAGAAGUGGAUCCGAACCCGAACCGUCGUCGACUCUGUGUGCCCGAAAUGGAACGAGCAGUACACUUGGGAGGUGUUCGAUCCUUGCACUGUGAUCACUAUUGGAGCAUUCGACAACUCCCAUGUUCACAACAAUGGGCCGGUUCGAGAUGCCCGAAUCGGAAAAGUUCGGAUCCGCUUAUCGUCGCUUGAAUCUGAUCGGGUGUACACUCAUUCGUACCCGUUAGUGAUGCUGCAUCCGACCGGAGUCAAGAAGAUGGGCGAGCUCCACCUGGCUGUCCGCUUCUCCUGCAUCAAUGCCGGCAACAUGCUACACUCCUACAUCCGACCGUUGCUCCCCAAAAUGCACUAUGUUGAGCCCUUGCUCGUUCGUCAAGUUGAGAACCUCCGGUCCCAAGCGACGAACGUCGUCGCCGCUCGUCUGGCACGCGCUGAGCCUCCGUUGGGCCGAGAAGUCGUCGAGUUCAUGCUCGACCACGGCUCGCACUUAUGGAGCAUGCGGAAAAGCAAAGCCAACUUCUUCCGCCUUGUCGCCGUCCUCUCUGCUCCAAUCGCCGUUGGCCGGUGGAUCGAGUCGGUCCGUAGCUGGCACCGUCCUGUGCAGUCGUUGCUCUUUGUCGUGACCUACGUUGUGUUCGUUGCCGCGCCAGAGCUGAUCCUGCCGACAGUGUUGGUGAUGAUGGCGAUCACGGGGCUGUGGAGGGUGUGUUGUACGUGUGUCGCCCGUGUGAAGGUGGUGGUCGGAGGGUGGGGGCUGUAUGCCCUGCGGCCGCCGAGGUUCCGAUCGAGGUUGCCGUCGCCGUUGAUGAGCUUCUUCAGGAGGCUGCCUACUCAGGCUGAUAGCCUGCUUUGAGUUGGGAUUUUGGAGGGGUUUAGAUUUUAGCGGAGUAGGGCUUGGUCUAGGAUAUGUUUCGUUGUUGUACUUUGUGUUGAGCUAACUGGGAUUGGGGUUGCGUUAUGUUGGUAGACUUGUUGGUAGAUGGGAAGUAUUGUUGAAGAUGAUGAUGAUGGUUAAUUA